GCUGUAGUUUCUUAAGCUUUUGAAUGAUUUACCAAAUGAAUUUGAAGAAAUAAAUCACAUUCUGAGCCCUGUGUUUUUUAAAUCUAGAAGAUAAUAGUUUUUGUAUAGCUGCCAGCCAUGGGUAACAUAAUGGGCAAAGCAAUGGAGGAGAACUUCAAUAAACACAAGAAGUUCAUGAUAGAGAUGCAAGGUGUUCAGCUGGAGCGGCAGAUCCACAUGCAGGAUCAGAUGCGGCGGAGGAUGCAGGCAAUGGAACUGGCCCGGGCACGAGAGAUGUUCUACUGGUGGGCGACAUUCUACGUGGUCGGCUUUGUCGGAGCUGUGGCAGCGGCCCGACGCACCAAGAACCGGACGGCGCUGUUCCCGUUCUUCCCGCUGGCGUUCAUCGUGGGGUACCAGGCCGACUUGGCGUACGGUACCAAGCUGACCCGCAUCAGAGCCGAGGCGGAGAGCAUCCUGCAGUCGGAGCCCGAGCUGGUGGAGCCACCUUCCGGUGUGCCCACCGCUUCACUCAUCGACGCCGCCCGCCAGAAGAUCAAAGACGAGAAAAGGUACUCGCGCAAGACGCGCGACACCUACCUGUAACCCGGCGUUCGCUCCCGGCCUGUAGUCUGUGGCGUCCGCGGGGCGCGCUAGGGCGUCCUGCCGCCGCCUGGUGGCCGGCCGCCGAACCACUGCCUCCCUCGGCCGCCGCUCGGAGCGUGACCAGCCGGCCGAGGCUGGCGCGGGGUGG